UCCGUACGGAAGUGUGCUUUGAUGCACCGGAAGCCGACUCAAGAGAGCUAUGGCGGGUUUGACUGUGAGAGACCCAGCGGUGGAUCGUUCUCUACGUUCUGUGUUCGUGGGGAACAUUCCUUAUGAAGCUACUGAAGAGCAGUUGAAGGACAUCUUUUCUGAGGUUGGCCCUGUUGUUAGUUUCAGAUUGGUAUAUGAUAGAGAGACAGGAAAGCCAAAGGGUUAUGGCUUCUGUGAAUACCAAGACCAAGAGACAGCACUUAGUGCCAUGCGGAACCUGAAUGGGCGAGAAUUCAGUGGGAGAGCACUUCGAGUAGAUAAUGCUGCCAGUGAAAAGAACAAAGAGGAGCUGAAGAGCCUUGGCACUGGUGCCCCUGUCAUUGAGUCACCUUAUGGAGAGACCAUCAGUCCUGAGGAUGCCCCUGAGUCCAUUAGCAAAGCAGUUGCCAGCCUUCCACCAGAGCAGAUGUUUGAGCUGAUGAAACAAAUGAAGCUCUGUGUCCAGAAUAGUCCCCAGGAGGCACGGAACAUGUUGCUUCAGAACCCUCAACUGGCUUAUGCUUUGCUGCAAGCACAGGUAGUGAUGAGAAUUGUGGAUCCGGAAAUUGCCCUGAAAAUUCUGCAUCGCCAGACAAAUAUCCCAACGCUGAUUGCAGGCAACCCUCAGCCAGUCCAUGGUGCUGGGCCUGGCUCAGGAUCCAAUGUGUCAAUGAACCAGCAGAAUCCUCAGGCCCCUCAGGCCCAGUCUUUGGGUGGAAUGCAUGUCAAUGGCGCACCUCCUCUGAUGCAAGCUUCUAUACAGGGUGGAGUUCCAGCACCAGGGCAAUUACCAGCAUCUGUCACAGGACCUGGCCCUGGUUCCUUAGCUCCUGGAGGAGGAAUGCAGGCUCAGGUUGGAAUGCCAGGAACUGGACCAGUGUCCAUGGAACGGGGACAAGGAACCCUACAGCACUCGCCCGUGGGACCCGCCGGGCCUGCAUCAAUUGAGCGAGUUCAAGGGCAGAGAACAUGGAUGAUAUGGGCAUCUGUCCGAGGCUGUACUCCCUCCCUACUGGUGUCAGGAGGCCUGGAUGGAAUAGCAGUCUUGCCGAUGCAAGACCCCAGAGCAGCUAUGCAGCGGGGAUCCUUGCCUGCCAACGUCCCAACGCCUCGAGGCUUGUUAGGAGAUGCUCCAAAUGAUCCACGGGGAGGCACUUUACUUUCUGUAACUGGAGAGGUAGAGCCUAGAGGUUACUUGGGACCACCUCAUCAGGGUCCACCCAUGCACCAUGUUCCUGGCCAUGAGAGCCGAGGACCACCCCCACAUGAGCUGAGGGCAGGGCCAUUACCUGAGCCCAGACCUCUAAUGGCAGAACCAAGAGGACCCAUGCUAGAUCAGAGGGGUCCACCCUUGGAUGGCAGAGGUGGAAGGGAUCCCCGAGGAAUAGAUGCGCGAGGGAUGGAAGCCCGAGCCAUGGAGGCAAGAGGGUUAGAUGCCAGAGGAUUGGAGGCCCGUGCAAUGGAGGCCCGUGCAAUGGAAGCUCGUGCGAUGGAGGCCCGAGCGAUGGAGGCCCGUGCGAUGGAAGUCCGAGGGAUGGAGGCCAGAGGCAUGGAUACCAGAGGCCCAGUGCCUGGCCCUAGAGGACCUAUACCUAGUGGAAUGCAGGGUCCCAGUCCAAUUAACAUGGGGGCGGUUGUCCCCCAGGGAUCCAGACAGGUCCCAGUCAUGCAGGGAACAGGCAUGCAAGGAGCGAGUAUACAGGGUGGAAGCCAGUCUGGUGGCUUUAGUCCUGGGCAGAACCAAGUCACUCCACAGGAUCAUGAGAAGGCUGCUUUGAUUAUGCAGGUUCUACAACUGACUGCGGACCAGAUUGCCAUGUUGCCUCCUGAGCAAAGGCAGAGUAUCCUGAUUUUAAAGGAACAAAUACAGAAAUCCACUGGAGCACCUUGAUAGGUUUUCAAAAACACCUGGCAAGAAAUCUGGAAGUUAAUUCUAUAAUUUUGUUGAAAUAUUGAAAAAGAUGACCUGCAUCCUAACCCUUGAAUGACUCAAAUCAGUGCCAGGUGGAGGACUCCCAUCACCUUCUCUCAGAACAAAAGCAAUUCAUUUCAUUGUCUUAGUUUGUAUAUUUUCUGUGACUUGAAAUAAACUUUAAACACAAUUUUAGUACACUGCAAAUUUAUAUACAUGACCUUUUUGCUUUUAAAAAGCUGAACACUAAGGGUAAAACCUUAGAUGUGUUUUCUCCCCUUACUGCAGUAUUGUACUUUAACGUAUUGCCACAGUUUUGUUUUUACUUUAAGUUAACCAUGUAUUCUUCUUGAUGAUUUUUGAGAAUUUCUCAGAAGCAGUGUUUUCUGGAACUUGGUUUUUGUUUAGUUUGCUUCCAGUAAGAAUUAUUAUAAGGCUUUGCCCUCUGAAAACUUCCUAGGUCUUCUGAGUCUUUUGGGAGAAAACAGCACGUGCUUAGAGCUAUAAAAUGGUCAGAAAGCUAACAGAACACAGAGCCUAGCACAGCCAUGUGUUUAGUUUAGAAAAAUCCAAAUAUCAAAAUGCAUUUCUUUCAAUAGCAGGUCUGAACAUGUAUAAUUCACAGUUAAGACAAAAAUUGUUUAAGCACUGGUUUUAGUGUCUCAGCAACAGAAGAAACUGUUGACAUUUACUUGUGUUUUCUUAAACUUAUCAGUCUAGGCAGUCAACUUUGAAAGUUUAAAAAGCCACUGAGUUUUCACAUGUUCAAGAUGAAAUAAAAACAAAUCAAAUGAA